AUGGCGCUCCCCAACCCGCUCCUCGCCCUCCUCGCAAUGGUCCUCGCAAUGGUCCUCGCCACAGCGCACGCCCUAAACGUCACUGUUCCUUCCGAGAUCGAAGCCGGCGUCCCGACAGAGAUCGAAAUCGGCUUCGACUUUUGGAAGCAGCCCUAUGUCUACGAGACCCUCCCGGGCCCCGUAUUUGACGAGACCACGGCGGUGUGCCGGAACCCCGUAGACAAGGAGGUCGGCUGCGGACACGACAUGCUGUACGAGCACUACCAGCUGUUCCUGUACACUGACGAAUGGAUGUACACGUGCUACCUCAGCGAUCUCAUCCCCGUCGGCACAACGAACCCCAAAAUCACAAUUCCCAAAGACCUCGGUCCCUCGGAAAAGUACAAAAUCACCGCCAUGGAGUUCAACGGCACCGAGGUCCAAACAAACCAAUACGGCGUCGAAUCCUCCUCAUACUUCACCCUCGUCGACACCGACAUCAAAGCCUGGACAUCAUGGGAGCACUACGGCGGCUGGCUGAAGCCGUGGUCCCUCCUCCCCUGCAGCUCGUACGCCUGCUACCGCACCUGCGGCCUCAAGUUCGCCGACGAGCAAGGCAACAAGAAACAGGGCACCGCGGCGGGGCUGUACGACUGUCUAAACGAGUGCCCGGGCAUCCGUGCCGACUGGAACGACCCCUCUUCAGAGUGGUCUUGGUACAAGGCCUUUGACGGGCAAGACUGGUCGGGAGAGUCGACGGCCGUGACGACGAGCACGCCCAGCGCCAUCAGCACGUCCGGCUGGGGAUAUCAGACCGCAGACAAGCCGGAGACGACGUUGUACGGCACGCCGACGGCGCCGACGGUUUAUUCAUGGGAGAGCCUCCUUACUAUGAAGCCGACGGCGACGGCGACGGCGCAUUCCUCGGCGGGGAGGAGGAGGGCCAAGCCCCCGGUGGCUGUGCCCAAGAAAGUGAGCUACGCAGGCCUCAUGGCGACGACGGUGUUGACGUGCCUGGUUGCAUUUGCCAUUGGCUCUGUGCUCGGAUGGAUCUGGCCGGACGGAUUGAGGCACGAAGGGUGA